GUUCAAAAUGGCGCCUACGUAAUCUUUUCGUUUGUGAGGUGUUCAUCAGCAUAUCGUGGCAAAGUGUUGUCGUGUGCCCUUGAUACGAGUCUGUAAGUCCUCCACAGCGGUAGACCUCGUCGGACAUCCUCAUCGUCGCGACCAUGACUUGAUUCGGCUGUUCCGCGUUGUGUCAGUUCUAAAACAAGCAGCGUGCGUCGCACCAGUUAGCUUUGGAUUCCCUGCGCCGCUGUCCUCGACAAUGGCGCGCGACAAGAAGAGACGGCGAUCGCUCUCUCGGAGUUCGUCCAGUUCUCCCGAGAGGAUCAGCCGACGGCGCCGAAACCGAUCCCGAAGCCGUGACCGACGGCGCCGGAGCAUCGAGCGGCACCGACGCUCCCGGUCGCGCGACCGCCGUCGGUCAAGGGAGAGGUACCGUCGAUCCCGUUCGCGCGGCCGACGGACCUACUCGCGUUCCCGUUCGCGGUCGUACUCGAGGUCGCGCUCCCGUGACCGCCGUUCCAAGAGUCAUGACGGCAAGCGCUCGCGUAGCCACGACCGCGACGACAAUAAGAGCGAGCAGACGACGUCCGCCACGAGUGCCCUAGCCGCCGCUGCAGCGGCGGCCGCCGCCGUCGCCGGAGCCAUCGCCGCUGCCGAAAACACCACCUUAGAUAAGAACGCGCAGCAGCAGCAACUCGACCUGGAAAUGCAAAAGCGGCGCGAGCGCAUCGAAAAGUGGCGUCAGGCGCGCAAGAAGACUGAAGAGGCGGUCGCCGCGACUUUGAUCCUAGCCUUGCCUGGAAAGAAGUGGAGCCUCGAAGACGACGAAGAGGACGACACAGGACCGCCUCCGCCCAUCAAGGACGACCCAGACGACGAACCCAGCCUUCCGUCGCUGAAGAAAAAGGUGGAUCCUGACGAAGGCGACGCCGAUUCUAAGGCCGAGGCUGUUGAGGUCAAGAAAGAAGCUGAGCAGGCCAAGCAGGAGGAAGAGGAGGAGGACGACGGCAUCGACCCGUUGGACGCGUACAUGAUGGGAAUUCAGAACGAGGUGAAGCAGCUGAAAGACAAGGCGCUCAAGACGGAUGGCACCACGGCCCCGUCCGCGCCCGAGAAGGCUAACAACAAGGUUACGGUAAUCAUGGGCGUUGCCAAGAAGAAAGAGGACAAGAAGAAAGGCGAGCUCAUGGAACAGAACGUUGACGCCUUGGAGUAUUCGUCUGAAGAGGAGACAGAAGACCUGCAGACGACUAUGAACAACCUGCAGGCUGGCAAGUCAAAGAAACCGGUUUCGGUCUCUAUAGAGGACAUCUCGUACGCACCAUUCCGUAAGAAUUUUUACAUUGAGGUGCCCGAGCAAGCAAAGAUGACGCAGGGUGAAGUGGAGACACUGCGUGCCGAGCUGGAGGGCAUCAAGGUACGUGGCAAGGGAUGCCCCAAGCCCAUCCGUAACUGGGCCCAGUGUGGGGUCAGCAAGAAAGUGCUGGAACUGCUGAAGAAGCACGGGUUCGAGAAGCCCACUCCCAUUCAAGCGCAGGCCAUACCUGCUGUGAUGUCCGGCAGGGACAUAAUCGGCAUCGCAAAGACUGGGUCGGGCAAGACACUCGCAUUCCUUCUGCCCAUGUUCCGACACAUCUUGGAUCAGGCGCCGUUGGAAGAUGACGAUGGCCCCAUUGCCGUCAUCAUGACUCCGACUCGAGAGCUUGCCAUGCAGAUCACCAAGGAUUGUAAAAAGUUCACAAAGUCGCUUGGCCUUCGUGUCGUUUGUGUGUAUGGUGGCACAGGCAUUUCCGAACAGAUUGCGGACCUAAAACGUGGGGCAGAGAUCAUUGUCUGCACCCCAGGGCGCAUGAUUGAUAUGCUGGCUGCCAACAAUGGUAGGGUGACCAACUUCCGUAGGACCACUUAUGUAGUCUUGGAUGAAGCCGACCGCAUGUUUGACAUGGGUUUCGAGCCUCAGGUGAUGCGCAUCAUUGACUCUAUACGUCCCGACCGGCAGACUGUCAUGUUUUCCGCUACCUUUCCGCGGCAGAUGGAGGCUCUUGCUAGGCGUAUCUUAAUCAAACCUAUUGAAAUCCUGGUAGGUGGAAGGAGUGUUGUGUGCAAAGAUGUGGAACAGCAUGUUGUCAUUCUCAACCAAGACGACAAGUUCUUUAAACUUCUGGAACUUCUGGGUCUGUACCAGGAUAAAGGCAGUGCCAUUGUGUUUGUCGACAAGCAGGAGCAUGCGGACAUUCUCUUGAAGGAUCUUAUGAAGGCCUCACACAAUGCCAUGGCUCUCCAUGGUGGAAUUGACCAGUUUGAUCGUGACUCUACAAUUGUUGACUUCAAGGCAGGUAAAGUUGGCGUCCUCAUAGCCACGUCAGUGGCGGCGAGAGGGUUGGAUGUGAAGCACCUCAUUCUCGUUGUCAACUUCGAUUGCCCAAACCACUAUGAAGAUUAUGUGCACCGCUGUGGUCGGACAGGACGUGCUGGAAACAAGGGGUACGCUUACACUUUCAUCACAGAAGAUCAGGGGCGUUACUGUGCUGAUGUCAUUAAGGCGCUAGAACUUAGUGGUAACCCCAUACCAGAAGAUCUGCAGAAACUCUUUGACGAGUACAAAGCAAGACAGGAGGCAGAAGGCAAAAAAGUUAGGGGAGGCAGCGGAUUCUCCGGCAAAGGCUUCAAAUUUGAUGAGGCCGAAUCGCAUCUCAAGACCGAAAAGAAGAAGUUCCAGAGAGCUGCGCUUGGCAUGCAAGACUCCGAUGAUGAAGACGCUGAAGGUGACAUUGACCGCGAGAUUGAGUCCAUGCUUGCACCCAAGAAGCGCAUCAAGGAACUCUUACCUGGUCCCUCUGUUACUGGACAAGCAGUGCCUGCACAGGCUGUGCCAGGUGUCCCCGGUACUGUACCUGGUGUUGCUGUCCCACUGGGCGCGGCCACUGCCACCGCAGCUCCCAGCGGCACCGUCUCCGAGAAGCUGGAGAUGGCACGCAUGCUGGCGUGUCGCAUCAACAUGACACGGACUUUCAGUGCGCCUUCCACGCCAGCGCCUGAAGUCAUGAUGACGGCACAGUCGGCGACCGAGGCCAUGAUGCGCGGACAGUAUGUGCCGGAGCUCCCGACACCAGUGAUAUCGGCCAAGACGCUUGCGGAACAGCGAGCUGAGAAGCUACACGCCAAGCUCAACUACCAGCCCAAGGUCAUCGAGGAAGAACCUCCGGAGCCACCACCACAGAAGGAGCGAUUCCAGAAGUACGAGGAGGAGCUGGAGAUCAAUGACUUCCCCCAGCAAGCGAGGUGGAAGGUCACGUCUAAAGAAGCUAUGGCCCAGAUUAGCGAGUACUCGGAAGCUGGCAUCACGGUACGUGGCACCUACUACCCUCCAGGCAAGGAGGCCAAGGGUGGAGAUCGCAAGUUGUACCUCGCCAUCGAAAGCACGAGCGAACUUGCUGUCAGCAAAGCACGGGCCGAGAUCAUCCGACUCAUCAAGGAAGAGAUGGUCAAAAUGCAGCAUUCAUACCAACCCAUCAACAGGGGACGUUACAAGGUGCUGUGAGGAACUUUUGUGGCCUGGCAGAAAGCUUCAUGUUCUACUUGUUCUUGUUGUACACUACCACUGCACAUUCUCAUUCUUGAGCCUGUCAAUAAAUGUGCUGGGCUUUGUAGAAUGCACCCAGCACUGACAUGUAAA